UACCUGCCUGGGUCCUUCGACAGACCACCUCGGAAUCCGGCCGAGAAGAUCAACUCCGGGUACAAGGCCAUUGAAUAUCUCACCUACCUCUUCGUCCUUGGUCCAGGGCUGCUCUACCGCAUCCUUCCAGAGCCCUACUACUCCAACUUCUGCAUGCUCGUCACUGGACUCCGCAUCUUGCACCAGCGCUCGAUAUCAUCAUCGGACCUCAUUCAAGCCCAUCGAUAUCUACUCACCUUCGUUGCGGACUACGAGAAGAUCUAUUAUCAACGACGGACCAGCCGCUUCCACUUCGUGAGACAGAGCAUCCACUCACUGACACAUGUGGCUCUCGAGGUCCAGCGUCUUGGACCACCCGGAUUGUACUCGCAGUGGACGAUGGAGCGCACAAUU